AUGCCUAAAUUUAUAUCGAAAGUCCGUACGAGUUCGAUAGUGCAAAGAUUUCCGAACUUAAAUGCUAUUGGAAAUGGAUGGAAGGAAGCUGGAGGCUACAACCAAGCUAUGAGAAGUUUUACUAGCUCAAUUGGGCAUGUCGGGGAGCCAGUUUCAAGAUCAGGUCAAAAAAAAAUUGUUGAUGCACUUGUCUCGGGAGAGAAAAGCAGAGCUGUUAGACUUCUGUAUGAGUUUAGUCUUGGAAACAACAAAUUGAGUGCCAAUGAUUUUGCUUCCAUACUGCAAAGUUGUGCAAGAUUGCCUGAUCCAUUAUUUGUUAUGGAGAUUUGGAGGAUCAUGGAGGAGAAGGAAAUCAACAUUAGUGACAAGUGCUAUUCUCUUGCCGUCCGAGCACUCUGUAAAGGGGGUUACUUAAAGGAGGCACUCAGUUUGAUGAGUAUCAUGGGAGAAAACCUAAAUUGUUAUUCUAUGUUGCCUAUUUAUAACAACUUCUUGGCUGCUUGUUAUGAAACACAAUCAGUAGAUUAUGCUAGUAAAUGUAUGGAUUUGAUGGAGCAUCAAAUGGUGGGAAAGAAUGAGAUAACAUAUGCUCAACUUCUUAAGCUUGCAGUUUUGCAGCAAAAUCUGUCUGCUGUCCAUGAAAUCUGGAAGGAAUGUAUUAAGUUUUACAGUCUCAGCAUUAUCUCUCUUCGGAAGUUUAUAUGGUCCUUCACAGAGCUGGGAGAUCUGGAAUCAGCCUACACGGCCUUACAGCACAUGGUGAGAUUGGCUUUUAGGGACUGUGACAUAAGUAGAACUGCUGAGGGAAGGUUUUGUGAUGUAAGAUUGGAUAUUCCUGCACCUUCCACUGGCAGCUGGAGUUUCAUCGAUGUAUCUCUUGACAUUGAGGGUAGCAGCAAUUUUGACAUCGAAAGCCAAAGUCUUGGCAACAUGGAAAUAAGCACAGUUAGAAAGAAAUUAAGUGCUUCUGUUAUGAAGCUUCUGAGGUGGUCCUUCAAUGAUGUAAUGCAUGCUUGUGCAAAAGUUCAAAAUUGUGAUUUGGCUGAGCAGUUGAUUUUACAGAUGCAAACUCUUGGUUUGCAACCAUCAGGGAGUACAUAUGAUGGCUUCAUCAGGGCAAUUGCUACCACAAGAGGCUUUAGUGAGGGAGUUGAAGUGCUAAAGGUUAUGCGGGAGGAAAAUAUUAAGCCUCGUGAUUCAACUCUUGCUGUUUUAGCAAUCAUCUGCAGCAGAGAGUUGGAACUUGAUCUGGCAGAGUCUUUCUUGGAUGAGAUAUACGAAAUCCGAAGUCCUCAUCCAUGUAAUGCUUUCCUUGAAGCAUGUGAUGUCCUGGAUCGACCUGAACGAGCAGUCCAGAUUUUUGCUAAGAUGAAAAAGUUGAAUCUCCAGCCAAAUAUCAGGACAUAUGAAUUGCUAUUCUCACUGUUUGGUAAUGUGAAUGCACCUUAUGAAGAGGGCAACAUGCUGUCACAAGUGGAUGUCGCUAAAAGGAUAAAUGCUAUAGAAAUGGAUAUGAUGAUAAAUGGCCUUCAGCACAGUCAUCUGUCAUUGAAGAAUGUGUUGAAAGCACUUGGAACAGAAGGGAUGAUAAAGGAGCUGAUUCAAUAUUUACAUGCUGCAGAGAAUCGGUUUUCUCGUUAUGACACUUAUAUGAUAACGCCCGUCUAUAAUACAGUUUUACAUUCCCUUGUUGAGGCUAAAGAGAGCCAAAUGGCAACUAAGAUGUUCAAAUCAAUGGUGUCUUCUGGAGUUCCACCUGAUGCUGCAACAUAUAAUAUCAUGAUUGAUUGCUGUAGCAUUAUUGGAUGUUUCAGAUCUGCACUUGCCCUGAUCUCUAUGAUGUUCCGCAAUGGUUUCAAUCCUGAAGCAGUUACUUUAACUGGCCUGUUAAAGAUAUUGUUGAGAUCCGAGGACUUUGAUGGAACAUUAAAAUUGUUGAAUCAAGGAAUUUCCGAAGGCAUCCAGCUUGAUGUACUUCUCUAUGACACCGUUCUUCAAGUGGCAUCUGAGAAGGGAAGAAUAGAUGUCAUCGAGCUCAUCGUGGAGCAGAUGCACCUCCAAGGGGUUCUGCCAGAUCCAUCAACUUGCAGUCAUGUUUUCGCUGCAUAUGUAGACCAUGGAUUCUACAAUACUGCCAUGGAAGCUUUGCAAGUUUUGAGUGUGCGAAUGAUUGCUGGGGGUUUCAAGGAUAAUGAUGAAAAACAAACCGAACUUGAAAAUCUAAUUCUUGGUGAAGACUCAGAAGAUGAAUCCCGGAUUCUUAAGCCUUUUAAAGACUCGAAGGAAUAUCUUACUGUUGCCUUACUGCAAUUAAGAUGGUGUGCCAUACUUGGAUAUCCAGUAUCUUGGUCACCUUCGGAUAGUCAUUGGGCCAGGAGACUUUCAAGUAAUCUUGCUUCAACAAGUAGUUCUCUAUGAAGAUUUCAUGGUUCCACAUAGGUGGACUCAUCAGGAGUCUAGUUAAUGAAUUAUGUAUCUUGACCAAAUAGUUUCAGAAAUGGAUGUAUUCAGUGAUCAAAUUAUGUAUCCGAGUAAAAAUGGAGUAAUUAACUGUUACAUUCUUAACUUCAAAGUUAUGUAUUCGGAAAUUGCAAAAUAAGGGAUUAAUUGUAAUUUAGCAAAGAGUAGGAAUAGAGAGUAAUUAAGGGUAAACUUGUUGGGAUUUAUGUAAAUUGUACAAAAAUUUUAACUGUUAAUUUUAUUAUGAUCUUUUUUGGCAAUAUUGAAUAUAAUAAAAACAAAACUAUCAUCAUUCAACA